CUUCUGUCGUUGCAGGCCAGGAGGGACGAUGGGAGUGGCCAUGUUAGUGCCGGAACGGAUUUGGACUAGUGCCAUUCAACCCUCCACUUCAAAUUCGGCGGCAACACAUAUAAGCGCUUCGACCCUGCGAUUCCAAUCGACAUGGCAAGUGGUUCAGCACCUUUAGCCGCAGCAUAUGAGCAGUUGCCUCGAGCUGUUCGCGUCACGCCACAAUAGCUUCUACUAUCGACACAAUACAAUUACGUCCCCCGCCGAUCCUGCCUUUCUUUUUCACGCUGUCACUGUCACUGUCGCUGUUACUCUCCCCAUGGCUGAGAAGACGGUCGAGGAACAGCUCGCCGAGCUCGAGAUGAUGGGUGCGGAGGAGCCAGCGGCACCCCCGCCCAAGACCGCCAAAGCCAGCAAAGCUCCCCGUCCGAGUUCAAAGAAGGAUCUUGAUGCGCUUAAGCAGCUGGAGGAGCUGGAGGCUUUGGAGAAGUUCCAGCGGCCCGAAGCCCCCAAACCGUCGAGCCGCCCAAACACACCCAAGCUGUCCUCAGCGUCCACCACCUCGAGCAACCCUCGCCGAGCGGGCGUCGUGACCCCGUCCUCCAGCGGCUCAGCGCGCACCAGCGAAGACAAUGCUCAAGCACCGAGGAAGUCUGGAGAGAGCGCGCGGUCGUUCCACCAGAGCUUUGCCCCCACGCAAGAAGAGCCUGCCAAGCCAGCGUCAGAGCCAAAGCAGGCCGGAGGCUCCUGGUGGGGAGGGCUGCUCUCUACAGCAACUGCAACUGCUGAUGCCGCCCGAAAGCGCGCCGAAGCUGCGUAUGCAGAGAUUCAAAAGAAUAAGGAGGCACAACGCUGGGCGGAGCAGGUGACCCUCGCCCCUCCCAUCUCACAGCACGAGCGUCUACAGAUCCACAUCACACACGACCUGAUCGGCUACCCCUCACUCGACCCAAUCAUCUACCAGACGUUCUCGCAAGUCAUGUCACAGGUAGAGGGAGGCGAUCUGCUCGUCAUCCAGCGCGGUUCAGAGUCAACACAACGUACUUCGGUAGACGGCUACAGAGGGGGUGGCAGUGGGUGGAACGACGGACCGUGGUGGCGUCAUACAGACAAGCGCGACCUAAGCGUUGUCAAAGGGCUAGUCGAAGGCACAAAGCUGGCAAGGGUCAGUGCAGAGGCAUACGCGAAUGAGUUCUUCUCAGCAAGAGGGGGCGUUGAAGAAGCAGCCAAGCACGCGACCGAGGUCCUGAGCGAGUCGAACCCCGUCCGAAGUAGCGACAUCUUCCUCGCUAUCCAAGCAAUUAGCUAUACCGCGCCGCAAUAUCUAUUCGCUGCAUCACAGUCAUCAGAGGAGAAGGAAGGCGGAGUGGAAGACCAGAAAGAGGAAGAUGAGUUGGUUGUAUUCGCCAUCUACCUACACGACCCGAUCUAUGGCAUCAGCUACAAGGCGCUCAGCCAGUCAUUCCUGGCGAAGUGGGUGCAAUGGCUAGAUGCACCGGCCGCGACGGAGGCUGCGGGCGAGGAGGCGCAGGUGCCUGCUGAGAUCUAGCAAAUUAUACACGAUGGCGGCGUUGACCCUCGCGAAUGGGUUGCUGAGUGGAUGGAGGAGAUGAUUAGUCUUAGUGUUAGUAUUGUGGCCCAGCGAUACGUUGCGCGCCGAAUGGGUGUUGGCGAGGGUGGCCUCGGACGGGGUAAAGCUCGGGAGGCGGUUGUUGAAGCCGGUGGUGGGGAAGUCGCUCGUUCUGGUGUUCUUUGAGCCAUGUUUGUUUUGUAUUCUUAGUACCUCUAGUAGGCGUUUAGAGCUCAUUGGAGAACAUUCCGCUCGAAUGCCGUUCCUCUCUUAUGGAUUGUUCGCUCCAAGCCUU